AUGGCACUGGCCUUUUCCGACCAGCGCCUGUCGCAGAGUAGACAUACGAGACGCAUCUCGUGCAAUUCGAUUGCCAUCGUAAAUCCGUCACGUCGCGCAGGCGGUGCGACCCGAGCAGGCGCCGCCACGGGUUCACGCUUCCCGGCAGUCAAAAUGAGCGCCCCUCCGCCCAAGAACACAAAUGGCCCUCCCAAGAGAAAGCCAAAUCCCCUGCGCCCAAUGCGCCCGAAGCCUCGCCCGAACCCUCUCGUGGCCGCCAAACGACCAGGCCAGAAACCCCCAACAAAGCCAGAUGCUGCUGGUCCGUCACGAUUAAACGCGCCGAAUGGUAGUAGGCAGAGUCUUGAAGAGCUGCGCAGGCAGUAUGGCGGAUGGUCCGAACCGCCGCCACCGUAUCAGUACAGCGACAUCCCCAUCAUGACCACCAAGAAGGCUCUUCUCGAUGGAAUCCGCCAUCAUCUCAUGAAGCUGUCUUCGACCAAAGCCGACGGAAAGCCCAUCGACCCGACCGACCAGGAGGAAUUUGCCCGGCCCGUUACUCUGCACCGGCGAGACGCCCGGUUGCCACCACCGGGGAGAGUGGUCAAGGAGGAAGCCCCUCAGCGACCUCCGGUCGACGAGCAAGAAAGAGAGAAGCUAGCGCAGGUCAAGGCUGAAAAAGAGGCGCAACGUGCCAUCAACCAAGCCAAGAUUGCGCCUGUCGCCAAAGAAGUUGUGCCCAAGAAACCAAAGAAACAAAAGGAAGAACGAGCAGUGUUCAAUAGAGGCCCUCGCACAGCGGCAGCAAAGAAAGAAUCUGAUUUGCGGUAUGAAGAGGCACUGCCGUGGCAUCUCGAGGAUGUGGACGGUAAAAACGUCUGGGUUGGCUCGUACGUAGCGGCUCUCUCAGAAUCUAGUGUCGCCUUUAUGAUUGACGGGGCCGUCUUCCGCAUGGUACCUCUGGAGAAAUGGUAUCGCUUUACUGCAAAACCUCAUUUUCAGGCCUUCACCCUCGACCAGGCCGAGGAGUACAUGAACAGAAAGGUUGACGUUGGUCGCUGGGUCAUGAAGGAUGAAGAGAAGAAGGCUGGUCAGGAGGAUCUGCAAGCUACACGAAGAAUGCUGUACGGCGCGGGAAUGAUCAAAACCGAGAGCGAUACCUUCAAGGCGGCAUCUCGGGCGGAAAAGAUGGAGCAUGACGAGAUUGACAUGUCUGGGGAUGAAUUCCAGGACGAUGACGAAACUCCCAUGUUUGAACGGAAUGACGACGAAGACACCAAAGAUUCCAAGGAUCGCAUUCGUCGCGAGCAGCUUGGUGCCAACCUGUUUGGCGAUGGUGAUGAGGGUCAGGUUGACCAGGAGCUUCAGCAGCAGCUGAGAGAAGAGCUGGAGCGCCAAAAGUUUGGCAAGGCCACUCGAAAGGCGCUGAUCAAGAGAGAUCGCGAAGAUAUUUACGAAAGUGACGACUCGGAGGACAACCCUUGGAGUAGUUCUUCUGACGAUGACUCUUCAGAUGAGGAGAACGAAGAGAAAAAGGAUGAUGAAAAGAAGGAUGGUGAGAACAAGGAUGACAAGGACGACAAGGGCAAGCCAAAGGGAUCAGGCACGCAAGGCUCUACAACGCCCCAGGGCAAGCACAAGCACGGAGACAAGAAGAGCAAGUCCCUCAAGCGUGCAGGAUCCCCUGCACUAUCCGAAUCUAGCGGUAACGAGUCGUCACGAAAGAAGAUGAAGAAGACUGCGGCCACAGCCCCCGGCAGCCGCUCUGGUACGCCGAUACCUGGCGCCGCUCGUAAAAAGAAACUGGGUGCUGGAUCCACUAGUGAUGGCGAGGCUACUGCUGGUGAAAUGUCGGACGGCGCCGGCCCCAGGAAGAAGAUCAAGCUUGUUGGAAGCACCAAGGGAACACCGUCGGCGUCUCGAGCCGGAAGCCCUGCCCCUGCUGGUGCAUCGCCGCCACCUUCAUCCGCAGGUAUAGAACCCUGGGAGAUUCUUGAAAAGAUUCCUGAUGGCGGCAUUAGCAUUGUGGAGCUCAUCAAGCCAUUCCAGUCUCGUGUCGGCAUCAAACCCGGCCAAAUGGCAAAGGCCGACUGGAUUAAGCUUGUCACGCGGCUCUGCGAGUAUGGCCCAGAUAAGUUGCUGCGCAAGCGCAAGUAG